AUGUUUGAAGAACAACGCUUCAUCGAAGCUCUGAACCAGGUGCAAUAUUAUCUCCCAGAUGUAGUAAAGACUGCAUAUGAUUGCCUCCAAUACCCUAUCAGCCAGUUCAUCGCUGAGCAAUUACCGGACUGGAUUAUAAUCGAUUUUUCUGGUCAUUGGGCGGUUGAAAUUGUCCUGAAUUAUGACAUCGGCCUCGUGUACUUCUCUGUCUUCUCUGCUGCUAUUGCUAUUUUCUUUGGGCAACCACCAGACUAUUAUUUUGUUGGUGAACACCAAAAGAAAGCUUGGCCAUCACCGGAGAGUAUGACAAAACUGCCGAAGUGGGUUAGUUUUCCGUCCUCUGUAGCAUACCGAGGUUAUGAGGCUGUUGGACUACAUGCGGGGAUAUAUGCAGAGAAUGCUUCAGGGAUCAGUGAUGCUGCGAGACUUACAGAGGUUCUCCGUGCAUGUAAAGCAUUGGCUAUUCGUAGUUGUAGGGAGUUUGAAGGUGAAUACUUGAGUUUACAUGAGAAAUUGAUGGGGAAGCCAGUGAUGUUGGGCUUUUGCACGGUUCCAUUUUGA